AUGAGUUUCUCUGUGGAACAGCACACACAGAAAGGAGCGAGUCUGAUCCAGGGGAAGAGAUUAGACUCACGUGAAACCAGCUGUGUGUCCAUGAAGAGUGACGAUUCAGUGAGACAUUCACAACAUUUCAGAGAUGAAGAUUCUACGGAGCUCAGGUAUGAAUGUGCUGCAUCUUCCUCAGUAUUCACCUGCAGGAACAAUGUGGAGUCCACAUUCAAGGAUCUAGAGCACAAAGUCAUCUUUCUGGUGAAGAAGGAGCUGGAGAGGUUUAAGAAGCUACUGAGUCUAGAUUACCCAGCAUGCUCUGAGAGAGAGGUAGAGGAUGAGGAGGAUCAGAGCAGUGUCAGAGAGGGAGUGCUGAAGAUCACACUGCACGUCCUGAGGAACAUGAACCAGACAGACCUCGCUAACACACUACAGACCAAGUUGGUUUCUGUAUAUCAGCAAAAGUUCAAAAACAAAAUGAUAGAAAAAUGUAAAAGAAUUAAUGAAGGAAUGUCACAUCAUGGAAGCUCAGCUCUUCUGAAUGAGAUCUACACAGAGCUCUACAUCACAGAGGGAGGGAGUGGAGAGGUCAAUAAUGAACAUGAGGUGAGACAGAUUGAGACAGCACCCAGGAGACCAGCAACACAGGAGACACCCAUCAAAUGCAAUGACCUCUUUAAAGACAAACCCAUCAGAAGAGUUCUGACUAAAGGAAUUGCUGGAAUUGGGAAAACAGUCUGGGUGCAAAGGUUCAUUCUGGACUGGGCUGAAGGAAGAGCAAAUCAGGAUGUUGUCUUCAUAUUUCCACUUCCUUUUAGGGAGCUGAAUUUGAUGAGGGAGAAAAAGUUCAGUCUCAUGGAUCUGCUUCACCACUUUUUUCCAGAAACAAAACAAUUAGAGUUCAUAGACUGUGAUGCCUAUAAAGUCAUUUUCAUCUUUGAUGGUCUGGAUGAGUGUCGACUUCCUCUAGAUUUCCAGAACAAUGAGAGAUUGUGUGAUGUAACAGAGUCGACCUCAGUGGAUGUGCUGCUGACAAACCUUAUCAAGCAGAAACUGCUUCCUUCUGCUCUCCUCUGGAUAACCUCUCGGCCAGCGGCAGCCAAUCAGAUACCUCCUGACUGUGUUGACCAGGUAACAGAGGUACGAGGGUUCAGUGACUCUCAGAAAAAGGAAUACUUCAGGAAGAGAAUCAGAGAUCAGAGCCUGGCCAAUAAAAUCAUCUCACACAUAAAGUCCUCAAGCAGCCUCUACAUCAUGUGCCAUGUCCCAGUCUUCUGUUGGAUUGCAGCCACAGUUCUAGAGAGAAUGUUGGGUGAAGCAGAGAGUGGAAAGAUCCCCAAGAAUCUGACUGAAAUGUUCACACACUUCCUGAUCUUUCAGAUCAAACACAAGGACAGAAAAUACUAUGGAAAAACUGACACUGAUCCUCAACAGACUAAAAAGAGUAUUCUGGCACUGGGAAAACUGGCUUUUCAACAGCUGGAAAAGGGCAACCUGAUCUUCUAUGAGGAAGACCUGAGAGAUUGUGGUAUUGAUGUGAAAGAAAUGUCCGUGUACUCAGGAGUGUGUACCCAAAUCUUCAGAGAGGAGUCUGGGUUGCACCUGGGGAAGGUGUUUAGCUUUGUGCAUCUAAGCGUUCAGGAGUUUCUGGCUGCUUUAUAUGCAUUUAUCUCCAUGUCCAACAACACAAAUGUGUUGGAACAUCAAACCACUUCAGUCCUAAAUGACAUGAAAAGCUCAACAAUGUCUGUCUUCCUUAUCAGUGCAGUCGACCGAGCCUUACAGAGUGACAAUGGACAUCUGGACCUUUUCCUCCGCUUCCUUCUGGGUCUCUCACUGGAGUCCAAUCAGACUCUCUUACAAGGUCUACUGACACAGACAGGAAGCAGCUCUCACAGCAAAGAGGAAAUGGUCAAGUACAUCAAGGAGAUGAUCAGGGAGAAUCCCUCACCAGAUAAAUCCAUCAAUUUGUUCCACUGUCUGAAUGAACUGAAGGAUCCUUUUCUAGUGCAGGAAGUCAAAGCAUACCUGAGCAGGGGAGGUAACCAUUGUCUCCAUGGAGCUAUGCUCUCUCCUGCUCAGUGGUCAGCUCUGGUUUUUGUGUUGCUGAACUCAGAAGAGGAGCUGGAUGAGUGUGACCUGAAGAAAUAUGACCCAUCAGAGGAAUGUCUACUGAGACUGCUGCCAGUGGUCACAGCAUCCAGAAAAGCUGUGCUGGAUAACUGCAGUAUUACAGAUGAAGGCUGUGCCGCUCUGGCUUCAGCUCUGAGGUCAAACCCCUCAUCACACCUGAGAGAGCUGAAUCUGAACUACAAUGAACCAGGAGACUCAGGAGUGAAGCAGCUCUCUGCUCUACUGGAGGAUCCAGAGUGUAAACUGGAGACACUACAGCUGUCUAACUGCAGUAUUACAGAGGAAGGUUGUGCUGCUCUGGCUUCAGCUCUGAGGUCAAACCCCUCAUCACACCUGAGAGAGUUGAAUUUGAACAACAAUAAACCAGGAGACUCAGGAGUGAAGCAGCUCUCUGCUCUACUGGAGGAUCCACACUGUAAACUGGAGAAACUAGAGUCAAACCCCUCAUCACACCUGAGAGAGAUGAAUCUGAACUACAAUGAACCAGGAGACUCAGGAGUGAAGCAGCUCUCUGCUCUACUGGAGGAUCCACACUGUACACUGGAGAUACUGCAGCUGGUUACUUGCAAUAUAACAGAGGAAGGCUGUGCUGCUCUGGCUUCAGCUCUGAGGUCAAACCCCUCAUCACACCUGAGAGAGCUGAAUCUGAAUGACAAUGAACCAGGAGACUCAGGAGUGAAGCAGUUCUCUGCUCUACUAGAUGAUCCAAAUUGUAAAUUGCAGAAACUACAGCUUUCAGAGUGCAGUAUUCCAGAGGAAGGCUGUGCUGCUCUGGCUUCAGCUCUGAGGUCAAACCCCUCAUCACACCUGAGAAAGUUGAAUCUGGGCUACAAUAAACUAGGAGCCUCAGGAGUGAAGCAGUUCUCUGCUCUACUGGAGGAUCCACAAUGUAAACUGGAGAAACUACAUCUGUAUAACUGCAGUAUAACAGAGGAAGGCUGUGCUGCUCUGGCUUCAGCUCUGAGGUCAAACCCCUCAUCACACCUGAGAGAGCUGAAUCUGAACUGCAAUAAACCAGGAGACUCAGGAGUGAAGCAGCUCUGUGCUCUACUGGAGGAUCCACACUGUAAACUGGAGAUACUGCAGUUAUCAGGCUGCAGUAUUAGAGAGGAAGGUUGUGCUGCUCUGGCUUCAGCUCUGAGGUCAAACCCCUCAUCACACCUGAGAGAGCUGAAUCUGAACUACAAUGAACCAGGAGACUCAGGAGUGAAGCGGCUCUCUGCUCUACUGGAGGAUCCACACUGUAAACUGGAGAAACUAGAGCUGUCUGCUUGCAGUAUUACAGAAAAAGGCUGUGCUGCUCUGGUUUCAGCUCUGAGGUCAAACCCCUCAUCACACCUGAGAGAGCUGAAUCUGAGUUACAAUAAACCAGGAGACUCAGGAGUGAAGCAGCUCUCUGCUCUACUGGAGGAUCCACACUGUAAACUGGAGAAACUACAGCUGUGUGGCUGCAGUAUUACAGAUGAAGGUUGUGCUGCUCUGGUUUCAGCUCUGAGGUCAAACCCCUCAUCACACCUGAGAGAGCUGAAUCUGAGCCGCAAUGAACCAGGAGACUCAGGAGUGAAGCAGCUCUGUGCUCUACUGGAGGAUCCACACUGUAAACUGGAGAAACUAGAGCUGUUUGAUUGCAAUAUUCCAGAAAAAGGUUGUGCUGCUCUGGCUUCAGCUCUGAGGUCAGAAUCCUCACACAUGCGAGAGCUGAAUCUGAGCUCCAAUAAACCAGGAGACUCAGGAGUGAAGCAGCUCUCUGCUCUACUGGAGGAUCCACACUGUAAACUGGAGAAACUACAGCUGGUUAACUGCAGUAUUACAGAGGAAGGCUGUGCUGCUCUGGCUUCAGCUCUGAGGUCAAACCCCUCAUCACACCUGAGAGAGCUGAAUCUGAACCUCAAUAAACCAGGAGACUCAGGAGUGAAGCAGCUCUCUGCUCUACUGGAGGAUCCAAACUGUAAACUAGAGAAACUACAGCUGUUAGGCUGCAGUAUUACGCAGGAAGGCUGCACUGCUCUGGCUUCAGCUCUGAGGUCAAACCCCUCAUCACACCUCACAGAGCUGGAUCUGAGCUUCAAUGAACCAGGAGACUCAGGAAUGAAGCAGCUCUCUGCUCUACUGAAGGAUCCUCACUGUACACUGCAGAAACUAUGUACCCGGCCACAAUUUAUCUGACUUGGUCUGAGUCUCUCUCACAGAAGAGGAUGACCAAAUACACACAACAUAUGAUUAUCCAUGGUAACGUGUUAGUGCGAAUGUGUGAACAGCGCUAUGUGUCCUCGCCAUGUCUUCCAGCAUCUGGACAUGGACACCACACACUUGAAUCUCUGCUGCCUUCCUCAUAUCUAGUGCGCAUUAGUAUGAAAUCUCCUGAGAUAAUUAAAGCAAACCUACAUAUAAGUUUAAAUUAAUGGGUUGGUAAAGAAAAUAAGUAUAUAUAGCUGUUUUCAUGUUUGUGGACAUUGAUGCAGUAAUGUUAUCUAUGUGUGUUAUGGUGCUGUGCUUUGAAGUUGGUGGUGGUGGUGUUUGGUAAGGGAACAAAAAUGUUCUGAAUUAGCCUACUAUUCAUCCAUGCUUCAGACAUAUGAUAUACUGAAUGUAGGUCUGCACGUGGGUAACUGUGGUGUUUAAAGAUUACUAGCCUAUGCAUUUACCCAGUUUCAUAAAUAGAUUUUUGAACAAUUUCCUGUUCUAGGUUAACUUUCUAAAUAUACCUAAUAUUUUCAAGAGAUUGUUAUUCUCGUUUUACCUUGUUUAAUCUAUUUUAUUUUUGUAUCAGUACUUUUUGUAUAUCUUAUGAAAACCUGUUGAUGUUGCUUAAGUAAAUCAUUAAACAGUAAUAUCUCUCUAUCUCAUACUCCCCAUCACAUCUGAGUAGGAAGAAGCCUCACUAGCUACUGCUGUUUUUAAACUGGUCAACCGAUUCUCCACAAUCACAUAAAAAAAAAAAACAGUCCCACACAACAAACGUGGCACACCCUGAUGUCCUUUAUGGGUAUAUCAAUCAGGGCCUGUAGCUUCGUGUCUGUUGCUCUUUCUCAACACACACCUCCUGUCCUGUGCGCUGAGUGGGAGUGGCUGUCUGUCUGCUGUAGGUGGGGCUCUUCUGACUUGCGACACAAGCAGCAGGUAUGCAUGGGAUAUGCCCAUGUGUGCUGGAAAGCUGUCAGUGGUGCCCCUGAACAGAAAUAGGGAUGCAGGAUGUGAAUGUUGAUGAACGCGGCGGUGGCAGCAGUACUCCCAAGUGCUGAUGGUCUCUUCCACAAUGGACUCUGCUCCUCCCACUGUUAAGGAACGUGCUGUUAAGGAGCGUGCUUCUCCACCCCACUGGACUCUGCUCCUUCCACUGUUAAGGAGCGUGCUUCUCCACCCCACUGGACUCUGCUCCUCCCACUGUUAAGGAGCGUGCUUCUCCAGCCCACUGGACUCUGCUCCUCCCACUGUUAAGGAGCGUGCUUCUCCACCCCACUGGACUCUGGUCCUCCCACUAUUAAGGAGCGUGCUUCUCCACCCCACUGGACUCUGCUCCUCCCACUGUUAAGGAGCGUGCUUCUCCAGCCCACUGGACUCUGCUCCUCCCACUGUUAAGGAGCGUGCUUCUCCAGCCCACUGGACUCUGCUCCUCCCACUGUUAAGGAGCGUGCUUCUCCAGCCCACUGGACUCUGCUCCUCCCACUGUUAAGGAGCGUGCUUCUCCAGCCCACUGGACUCUGCUCCUCCCACUGUUAAGGAGCGUGCUUCUCCAGCCCACUGGACUCUGCUCCUCCCACUGUUAAGGAGCGUGCUUCUCCAGCCCACUGGACUCUGCUCCUCCCACUGUUAAGGAGCGUGCUUCUCCAGCCCACUGGACUCUGCUCCUCCCACUGUUAAGGAGCGUGCUUCUCCAGCCCACUGGACUCUGCUCCUCCCACUGUUAAGGAGCGUGCUUCUCCAGCCCACUGGACUCUGCUCCUCCCACUGUUAAGGAGCGUGCUUCUCCACCCCACUGGACUCUGCUCCUCCCACUGUUAAGGAGCGUGCUUCUCCAUGUUGCUGAGCAAUCCUGUUUACCCCACAGAGGAAAGGGCUG